GAUUCACGUCAUAGUCGCGCCCGUCCUCGCCCUCUUUCUCUCUCUCUCGCUCUCCUCCCCCACCUUCCUUCUCUCUCCCCUGGUGGGCUUUCUGGUGCCUGGGCUUCGAUUGUUGGUGAAGAAGAAAAGGAAGUGGGAGGGAGGGCCAUGAAUCAGGCGGGUGAUUCCAGACAGGACGACGAUGCUGCUCUCGCCAACUUCCUCAAUUCUCUCAUCGACUAUAACCCCACUAUACCGGACGAACUGGUGGAACAUUGUAUCGCCAAGAGUGGAUUUCAGUGCCCGGACAUCAGGAUAACCAGGCUGGUGGCUGUAGCUACACAGAAGUUUAUUUCAGAGAUAGCUAGUGAUGCUCUCCAGUUGUGUAAGGCAAGACAAUCAGCAGUAGUUAAGGAUAAGAAAGAUAAGCAUCAGAAGGAUAAACGUCUCAUAUUGACAAUGGAAGAUCUCUCCAAGGCCUUGAGCGAGUAUGGCAUCAAUGUGAAGCGUCCAGAAUAUUUUGCAGACAGCCCUUCAACUGGAAUGGAACCCACUUCCAGAGAUGAGUAGCUCCUGGUCUUCAGAUUUUGAGACCCAUUUUGUAUAUAAUAGUCCCUGAACGGUUAUGGGCCAAAUUCAUCUGUUAACUGUCAUGUAACCAAUUUUCAUUAUGCUAAACUAGAUGUUAGGACUGGUAGUUGCUAAAAAGACAACGUGAAAACAAAAAACUAUAAGGAGUGCUAGAUGUUUGCCAUAAUUCCAAUUUGUUUGGGAUCUCUA